AAUCAAUCUGUCUAAAUCUUUCAGAAUCCUGAUUGAAUACAACCCUUAAAUUCAAAACCAACCCUAAUCUUAGAGAAUCAAAAUUCAAGCACUCAUCCGGUCAUCCCUCCUCAAGAGUAGCCUGACUGCCGUAUACUUCACAGCUGCCCUCUCCAUUGUGGAGCUCAACACUCGUCGUCUCCAUCAUUCAUAUCCAAACCCUCUGCGGAAGACAAAAGAAGAAACCCCAUAAACCCAUCAAGAGCCUGCAACCAGGCACCACAACUAAUUCAUAUCAAUCUGCCGGCUUCUUCCCCACCACCACUGGAGUCCGCCGCGCCCGACCCGUGUCCGAGGCAUGCUUGACUCAUGCCCGAGUGUACCUGUGCGCUAUACGCGAUUUCUCCUAAGUGCUAUUCUGCUAAUUUAGUUCAAUGGCAUGGACGGAGUGCGACACUGAGAAUGUGAAGGAUGCUGACUCAGUUACUAGCAAUGGUUUUGUGAAAACUGACCAACUUCCAUCAGGCAGUGGAGGCUCUCGAGAUUGCAAUAGUCAAACAAAGGAUACUGUUGAAAGGAAAUAUGAUGUUUCUUUUGGGAAUAUCCUCCGAUCAAGAAACAAGUUUGUCGAUGCACUUGCUAUCUAUGAAAAGGUAUUAGAAAAAGAAGGUGGAAAUGUUGAAGCUCUCAUUGGAAAAGGUGUAUGCCUGCAGAUGCGGAACAUGCCCACUCCUGCUUUUGAAUGUUUUUCCGAAGUUAUCAGAUUGGAACCACAUAAUGCAUGCGCUCUUACACAUUGUGGAAUUUUGUACAAAGAUGAAGGUCGACUGGUAGAUGCAGCUGAGUCUUAUCAAAAAGCUCUUAAGGCAGACCCUUCUUAUAAACCAGCUGCAGAAUGCCUUGCGAUCGUAUUAACAGACCUUGGAACCAGCUUAAAGCUUGCUGGUAAUACCCAGGAGGGUAUUCAAAAGUACUAUGAGGCAAUCGAAAUCGAUGAACACUAUGCUCCUGCUUAUUAUAACCUUGGUGUGAUAUAUUCGGAGAUGAUGCAAUAUGAUUCGGCGCUUAGAUGCUAUGAGAAGGCAGCAUUGGAAAGGCCUAUGUAUGCUGAAGCAUAUUGCAAUAUGGGUGUUAUAUACAAAAAUCGGGGGGAUUUGGAGUCAGCCAUUGCUUGUUAUGAAAGAUGUUUGGUUGUGUCUCCAAACUUUGAGAUUGCAAAGAAUAACAUGGCUAUUGCCUUGACUGAUUUUGGCACAAAGGUUAAACUGGAGGGGGACAUUGAUCAAGGUGUCGCUUAUUACAAGAAAGCUUUGUACUACAAUUGGCACUAUGCUGAUGCCAUGUAUAAUUUAGGAGUUGCAUAUGGGGAACUGCUGAAUUUUGACAUGGCAAUUGUGUUCUAUGAACUGGCCUUCCACUUUAAUCCUCAGUGUGCAGAGGCAUGUAACAAUUUGGGAGUGAUAUACAAGGAUCAGGACAACAUUGAUAAGGCAGUGGAAUGCUAUCAGAAGGCUUUGUCAAUCAAACCAAAUUUUUCUCAGUCGCUAAAUAAUCUUGGUGUAGUAUAUACUGUCCAGGGUAAAAUGGAUGUGGCCCAGUGCUUGAUUCAGAAAGCUAUUGUCGCAAACCCUACCUAUGCAGAAGCAUAUAACAAUCUAGGAGUUCUGUUCAGAGAUGCAGGGAACAUAUCUCUUUCCAUUGAAGCUUAUGAGCAGUGCCUAAAGAUAGAUCCUGAUUCACGAAAUGCCGGGCAGAAUCGAUUGCUUGCAAUGAACUACAUACACGAGGGAACUGACACUACAUUAUUUGAGGCUCACAGAGACUGGGGCAGGCACUUCAUGCGAUUGUAUCCACAAUAUACUUCAUGGGAUAAUCUAAAAGAUCCAGAAAGACCAUUAAUAAUUGGAUAUGUGUCUCCAGAUUUUUUUACUCAUUCCGUUUCUUAUUUCAUCGAGGCUCCCCUCACGUAUCAUGACUAUGCAAAUUAUAAAUUAGUCGUCUAUUCAGCUGUUGUUAAGGCAGAUGCAAAAACCAACAAAUUUCGAGAUAGUGUCUUGAAAAAAGGUGGCAUCUGGAAAGAUAUCUAUGGGAUUGAUGAGAAAAAAGUUGCUAGCAUGAUUAGAGAAGAUAAGAUUGACAUCUUGGUAGAACUCACUGGCCAUACUGCAAACAAUAAGUUGGGAAUGAUGGCAUGCCGACCUGCCCCUGUUCAGGUAACUUGGAUUGGCUACCCAAAUACUACAGGUUUGCCUACCAUUGACUACAGAAUUACUGAUGCUCUUGCUGACCCUCCGGAUACAAAACAAAAACAUGUCGAGGAAUUAGUUCGGUUGCCAGAGUGCUUUCUUUGUUAUACACCAUCCCCUGAAGUGGGCCACAUAUCCCCAGCUCCCGCCCUGUCCAAUGGCUUCGUCACCUUUGGUAGCUUUAACAACCUCGCUAAGAUAACGCCAAAAGUAUUGCAAGUGUGGUCAAGGAUCCUAUGUGCAGUUCCCAAUUCAAGAUUGAUUGUGAAGUGCAAGCCUUUCUGUUGUGAUAGUGUACGACAAGGUUUUCUUUCAACAAUGGAGCAGUUGGGCCUGGACCCACAACGGGUUGAUCUCUUACCUCUAAUUCUUCUUAACCAUGACCAUAUGCAAGCAUACUCUCUCAUGGACAUCAGCUUGGACACUUUUCCCUAUGCGGGAACAACCACUACAUGUGAAUCUCUAUUCAUGGGAGUUCCCUGUGUCACUAUGCGAGGGUCUGUACAUGCACAUAAUGUUGGUGUGAGUCUCCUCAACGCAGUUGGGUGUAAAAACUUGGUUGCCAAGAACGAGGACGAAUAUGUUGAGUUGGCAAUUCAGUUGGCAACCGAUCUAACCGCCCUCUCAAAGCUGAGAAUGAGUCUUCGGAAUCGUAUGCUGAAAUCUCCUCUCUGUGAUGGGUCAAAAUUCACCCUGAAUCUUGAGGAGUCGUACAGGAGCAUGUGGGCCCGGUACUGCAAGGGAGACGUGCCAUCGUUGAAACGUAUAGAAAUGUUACAGCAGGCAGCAGAGGAGGAAAAGACUGUUUUGGAAGACACAGUUGAUGUUCCAGACCAGAGGAGCACAACCGACAGUAGUUCCAAAGGUAGCUCUCUAGGAUCAAUCAAGGCCAAUGGACAAAGUCUCUUGUCUUCUGAAAACAAGAAGACUUGAUGAACCAGGUGAUCACUGAUUGAACAUUCAUGUCCCCCCAUUGGCAUUUAGUGUUGUUGUAGGAUCUGGGUUCAGAUUGAACAUGUGUAUAAUGGUAAUUUCUGCCUUUAUGGGGUACCCUUGUUAGAUUUAGAGGUACAAUUAGAUUUGGUUCUAUGGAAGUAGUGAUGAGUGUUGAGGCCUGAUGGGGUUUUUUUUUUGUGUGCCAGUCAUUCAUUUUAACAUCACCUUAAUGAUGCAGUGGGUCCUUUGUAAAAUAUAAAAAUUUAGGGUAAUU